AUGACUAAGUCGUUUUACGAAUUGAGUCCAUUGGACAAGAAAGGUGAAGCUUAUUCUUUUGAGCAGUUGAAGGGAAAGGUUGUUAUUAUUGUCAAUGUUGCCAGUAAAUGUGGUUUCACUCCACAGUACAGUGCAUUAGAAGAUUUGUACAAGAAGUAUGGGGAACAAGGAUUGGUGAUUUUGGGUUUUCCAUGUAAUCAAUUCUUAAAGCAGGAGCCUGGUUCUGAUGAAGAGAUUCAACAAUUUUGUCAAUUGAACUACGGUGUUACCUUUCCUAUUAUGAAGAAGAUUGACGUAAACGGUUCUGAUGAGGAUGAAGUUUAUAAAUUUUUGAAAUCUAAAAAGAGUGGUUUGUUAGGUUUGGCCAGAAUUAAGUGGAAUUUCGAGAAGUUUAUCAUCAAUAAAAAGGGUGAUGUUGUUGACAGGUAUGCAAGUACUAAGAAGCCUGAAGACCUUGCACCUGAAAUUGAGAAAUUAUUGAAGGAAUAA